AUGGCCCUGGGGGCAAUGUUGGCACAAGAAGUAGAGAAUCUGGAGAGAGCCAUCUAUUACAUCAGUAAGAAACUCCUUGCUUAUGAGGAGAAUUAUUCACUAAUAGAAAGAACCUGUCUGGCUGUAGUAUGGGCAACUAAGAAGUUAAGGCACUACUUUCAGACCCAUCGAGUUAUUGUAGUAUCCCGGAUGGAUCCUUUAAAGCGUGUAGUGGCCGAAUUUCUUUCUGAAAAUCCAGUUAAUGAAGGGGAAGAAGUCGAAACAGUCUUCCCGGAUGAGAGUCUCAAGCUAGUAGAGGUCCAGCCAUGGAAAAUGUACUUUGAUGGGGCCAUGAAUAAGAGCGGAGCCGGUAUAGGGGUAGUUUUGGAAGCACCGAAUGGAGAACAAUUGUUAAUGUCAAAAAGGCUAUGUUUCCCAACCACUAAUAAUAUUGCAGAAUAUGAGGCUUGCAUUUGUGGCCUGGAGGCAUUAAUAGCUGUUGGGGCUAAAAAAGUGGAGGUGUUCGGAGAUUCAAUGCUAGUGGUUUCCCAUGUUAAAGAACCAGAUAGGCGAUGCUCUAGCCACUGGCAUCCUUAUGGGAGAAGGGUGAUCGACCCACCCGAUUAUCUUGAUGAGGAGUAG